AUGAACAUCAACAAGAAAUUCGACCGCCUGAAGCAAUGGACCAACGAGAAGAUGGGCGCAGAGGCCCGCACUGGUCUCUCCGACGAGUUCAAGGCGCUCGAAGUGGAAAUGAACUUGCGUCAUGAGGGCAUGGACAAGAUGCACGGCGCAAUGGCUGUCUACGUCAAGUCGCUCUCCAAGCGCGCGGAGGGCGCCGACAAGGAGAAGCAGCUACCAGGUGGCCAUCUGGGUUCCUCCAUGGUGACCCACGGCGAGGACUUUGAGCCCGACUCGGAGUUUGGCAAUUGCCUGUCUUCACUGGGUCGAGCAAACGAACGUCUGGCGCGAGUACAGGAGACGUAUGUCCAAGGGGCUACGUCAUCAUGGCUCGAGGGUCUUGAACGUUCCUUGAUUCAGAUGAAGGAGUACCAGUCUACCCGCAAGAAGCUCGAGACACGCCGUCUGGCCUAUGACACCUCCCUCGCCAAGAUGCAGAAGACGAAGAAGGAAGACUUCCGCAUGGAGGAGGAACUACGUGCCCAAAAGGCCAAAUACGAGGAGACCAGCGAAGAGGUCUUCCGGAGGAUGCAGGACAUCAAGGAGUCCGAAGUCGACAUGGUCCAGGACCUGACUGCUUUCCUCGAGGCAGAACUGAGCUACUACGACCGCUGUCGUGAGAUUCUGCUCAACGUCAAGCGGGAAUGGCCGGCUAGGGACACCAGGGCUAUGCCUAGCCGCCCCGCGCGCUCCCGAUCCAAUACCGCACACGGCUACGCAGAGCGCUUCAACCCAGUCGAAGAAGAACCUGAGCCUGAGCCCGCUCGCAUGACCAUUCCUAAGCUUUCGUCCCAGCGAAGCCGCUCCCCUGGCCCCGAGCAGUCGCCCGGUGGCUACUCCCUACGCCCCUCUCUUAGCCGCACUUCGACAUACGAGAACAAUAACGGCUACCGAGACGACUCCCCUGCCCGCCGACUGUCCCGCGUCCCCACUGAUUCCUCCGUCAUAUCCUCCGGCCGAACAAAUCUCCGUCCAGUCCGACAAGCUAGCGCCAGCCAACAGAACACGUUUGCUGACGACUACGAAGACGAUUAUGCGCCAGCCAACGGAAACGGAUAUAGACGUGACCGUGAUCGAUCGCCACCUAGCCCCGACACCUCGUCAUCUGUUGGCAGUGGGCGCGGCGGCGUAAUGUCGCGAGCAGCGAGUUGGUCCCAGGCGGGUGAGCAGGCGACCAACGGCGGCAAGAAGGCACCUCCGCCACCACCUCCAUCGAGGGCGAAGAAGCCACCGCCACCUCCGCCGCCAAUGAAGCGAAGUGCGUUGAGUGAAUCUCAAGUAGCACGCUACUAG